AUGCCGCUUAUGGAAGCUUUAUCUAAAGAUCAUUUAAUCCUGUUUGAAAAUCUUAUAGAAAUCAGUUUCCCGGAAAACGCCAUAACGCAUCAAAUCGAAAUAUCUAAGGUCAACAAUAUUUUAAAAUUACAAAAGAAACUAUUCCUCGCUGGUAGUAUCUUUGCAUCUGUUAACUUUCAUGACGACGUUUGUCAACAGAACAGAAACGCAAGGUCGAUUCAGAACUAUUUCAUGACGAAAUCGAACGCAUUCGAAAAAGAAAAUAUGACACAAACUGAACAAUUCAAAGAAGGCGACGCACAUAAAAAAUCAGCAUUAUCAGCGGUCGAACAGCAAACAGAAGCCGCACAUAAAGGUGGAACUAUUUGGGAAAUUGUACACAAAGCAGAUCAAGCAAGACUUGAACGUCUUCUUGAUGCUAAUCCAAAUAGUGUUAAUGAAAGAGGUCCUGUUGGUGACUGCCCUAUUCAUAUGUUAUUUUUAUAUGGAACUGAAACUCAUCUAAGUAUGGCUCAGUAUCUUAUUAAACGUUUUCCAGAAACUGCUACACAAAUUUAUAAUCAACCAGAAUAUUAUGGUGAAAUUGCUCUUCAUAUUGCCAUUAUUAAACGUAAUGCAGUUAUGGUCGAAUGGCUUCUUAGUAAUAAAUAUACUCGACCAUAUCGAGAACAACAGCUGGCAGCCACUGCCAAUGGGAACUUUUUUCAAUUUGGUCGUCCGUGUUAUUAUGGUGAAACUCCUCUUGCAUUUGCUUGUUGUACUAAUCAAUGGAAUAUUGCUGAAAUAUUACUCAAAUAUGGCGCUGCGAUGGACACAGUAGAUAGUAAUGGAAAUACAAUACUUCAUUUAGUUGUUAUUCAUAAUUUACCAAAAAUAUAUUCGAAAUUUAAAGAAUGUUGGUUAAAAGUACCAGCAAUGAACACUCAAGAAAUAAGCGAUAAUGAGCAUAACAAAAGUAGAUCAACUGUCUUAGAAAGGAACAAACUAGUUCCAUUAUGGAAACGUCUAAAUAAUGAUGGUUAUACCCCGUUUACAUUAUCAGCUAAAUUAGGUUUAACUGAAAUGUUUUCUUUUUUACUUGAUGAACGCAAAAUUGUUCAAUGGAGUUAUGGACCUGUUUCAUGUGUGCUUUAUCCACUUGAUGAGCUUGACCUUGAAAUUGAAGAAGAUGGAAACACUGCACCUGGUGCUCUUGAAAUAAUUGUUCAAAAUGCUCAAUCAGAACUUAUUAUUCAUCCACGUAUUAUUGAUUUAGUUAGUAAAAAAUGGGAAUGUUUUGCUCGACAAAUAUUUUUUCGUCGUUUUCUCAUUACUCUUGUUUAUUUGUUGUUUUUUCUUUUUACAACAAUUCUUGAUCAAACAAGGACAAAUAUAACUGAAGAUGAAGAUAAUAAUACGAAAACAACUGAUAUUAAACAUCGUGGUACUAUUUAUCGAACAUUAUGUACAACAGGACGUUUAAUUGUAUUAACUGGAGCUAUAUCAAAAAGUGAAUCAGAAUUGAAAGAAAUGGCACAUGUAGGAUUACGAAAAUAUUUUCAAGCGACAGGUUCUGCUCUUCUUGAAAAUUGUUUAUCAUGUUUAUUUUGUUUUGGAAUUAUUCUUCAUAAUAUUCUUCGUUUAUUGGAUAUUCAAUCUCAUACAAUUAUACUUGCAUUAGUCUCAAUUAUAGGUUGGGGCUAUAUGCUGUUUUUUAUAAUGGCUUUACAAUUAACUGGACCAUUUGUUUUUAUGAUUUAUAAAAUGCUUUCAAUAGAUAUCCUUCGUUUUUGUAUUAUCUAUAUUGUUUUUCUUAUUGGUUUUUCUCAAGCAUUCUUCGUUUUACUUGAUUCUAAUGGUUUAAUUGGUUUUCUUACAAGUGUUAAACAAUGCUUUUUCGGCAUGUUGGGUGAUUUUGAUCUUGACCAAUAUAAUGAAUCAACAUUUCAAAAUGUUAAUAUUUUAUUAUUGGUUGUUUAUGUUGUUGUUGUUUCGAUACUUUUACUUAAUUUACUUAUUGCGAUGAUGGGUGAUACUUAUGGAAAAGUUAUUGAAAGUGCCACACAAAUUUGGCAUUUAGAACGUGCACGUAUUGUUUCGGCAAUUGAAAAUGAAAUGUCAAUUGAUGAAAGAAAAUUAGAAAAGAAUAAAUAUUGGACAAAUGUUGGUGAUCAACGAUAUUUACAAGUUGAAGAAAUUGAUAACGAUUGUUUUAAAGAUAUCAACAAUGAUUAA